AUGAGCCCAACUGAGUCAGAGUCCAAAUACAAGAUUGGGAAGCUUAAAAGAACAGCCUCAGUAAUAAGAAAUGAAAAGACAGGAUUAAGCUACAUAACUUUAAUGAAAAGACCAGAACAAAAGAUAUAUGGUUGUACUAGAUUUAAUGGACAUUAUAGGGAAGAAAAAAAGCUUGGGCAAGGUACUUUUGGGGAAGUUUAUAAGGGUGUACAUCUAGAAACUCAAAAACAGGUUGCCAUAAAGAGAAUAUUGGUUAAUUUAGAAAAAGAUUUAUUCCCUAUAACAGCUCAGCGUGAAAUAACAAUUCUUAGAAGAUUAGAUCAUAAGAAUAUUAUUAAGUUAAUUGAAAUGAUUUACGAUUUUCCACCAUCAAAUAAUAAUGGCAAUUCUAAUAACAACUCUUAUAAUUCUAAAAAUCAAAUAAAUCUUCCGAAGUCAUUUUAUAUGAUUUUACCUUACAUGGUUGCAGAUCUAUCAGGGGUGCUACACAAUCCAAGAAUAUCUUUAAAAAUAUGUGAUAUAAAAAAUAUGAUGCUACAAUUAUUAGAGGGCAUGAAUUAUAUUCACUGUAUGAAAUAUAUGCAUAGAGAUAUUAAAGCUGCAAAUAUUUUAAUUGACCAUACUGGUAUAUUGAAAAUUGCAGACUUUGGUUUAUCAAGAGUUUAUUAUGGUUCUCCACCAAAUUUAAAAUACCCAGGUGGAGCUGGCUCUGGUGCUAAAUACACGUCUGUGGUUGUAACAAGGUGGUACAGAGCACCAGAAUUAGUUUUGGGUGAUAAAUAUUAUACCACGGCUGUAGAUAUGUGGGGCGUUGGAUGCGUGUUUGCUGAAUUCUUUGAGAAAAAACCUAUUCUGCAAGGGAAGACUGAUGUUGAUCAAGGACAUGUAAUAUUUAAAUUAGUAGGUACUCCAACUAAGGACGAGUGGCCUUUAGCUAAAUACCUGCCAGGCGCAGAGUUAACAAGGACUAAUUAUCCUGGAACUAUUAAAGAUAGAUUUGGUAAAUAUUUAUCCGAUGCAGGGCUCGAUUUUUUAAAACAGUUAUUAAGACUAGAUCCGUAUAAAAGACUAACAGCUAUGUCGGCUGUAAAUCACAAGUUUUUCCAAGAAGCUCCAUUGCCUAGCUCUAAAUUAUCCUUACCCUGUGAAGAAAGUCAUGAAGCUGAUAUCAAAAGAUACAAAGAAGAACUACAUCAAGAAAUGUCCCAAAGAGCACCAACUGCUCCAGAAGGGCACAUUACUGAAACAGAAAAUAAUAAUAUUUCUAAGAUACAGUCAACAACUCCAGCUACUAAAACUAAUAAUAUUCUAAAAGAUACAACUCUUCCAAGAGGCCCUGGUUCUAAAUUAACUCCUUCAAACCAAAUUCCAACUGAUUAUAAGAAUAGUGGACCCAAUCCCUCUCCAUUAGCACAAUCAGGAAAUCAUUUACUAACACAGCCUGCAGAAACGCAUCAUCAUAGAUAUAAUUCUAAUAACCCAAAUAGAGCUCACAAUAAUCGUCCACAACCUACUAACUACUAUAAUAAGAAUUACAAUAAGAAUAGUCCAUAUAUGAAUAAUUAUAUUAAUAACAAUUAUAUCAGUGGCUAUAAUACCGGUGAAAUGACUAACAGUAAUUAUAAUAAUGCAUCUUUAGUUGGUAAUAGAGAACGUUAUGGUGGUCAACCUGGCUCUAGGUAUUCUAAUAAAGAAAGUACUACACACUAUAAUUCUACACGUUAUAAUAGCAAUAAUAGCGGUACCAAUAAGACCAAUGAUUUUAAUAAUGCUGCAAGGAAGCACAAUACCACUCCGCAGAAUAUGAAUAGCAAGAGAAGAAAUUCAAUAGAAAAUACCUCUGUAAUGAAUCGCAAUCAUAGAAAUCCAUCAAAACUUACCUUGGGUAAGCAUACUAUUGGUGAUGCAACAAGGUAUAACCAAAAUAUCCGUUACGACUCACCAGAAUUUAAUCAGAGUCACAACCCCAAAUCAAAUACUGAAACUCUAGAAUUUAGCACUAAUGUAUCUAAACAGCACAAUAAUAGCUCAAGGUACUAUAGUACUUCUCAAGAUAACUCUUCGAGAUACCACUCUCAUAAUGAAUCACAAGUAAGUGGUAAUUCUAAAGCCUCUCGUUAUAAUACAAAAUCUAAUGAUAAACCUUUGGUCAUCAAUACUUCAUCGGCUACAAAUUCUGUGGAUUUAAAUAGCAGUAAUAAUCAUCAUACUAAUCAUUAUAAUAGCACUACUGCUCCUAGCACAAAAUACACUAAAAGGGCGGAUGGGCAAGUAUCUUCAACGAAUAAAUUGCAUAGAGAUAGAAGAAGCGAAAACUCACCUAGAAGCGCUCAAAAUGGUGUCCAUGACUACGAUGAUCAAGAUAAUAUAAGGGAUAACAACCUAGCUGAUUUUUAUUAA